CUGAGCAAACCAGGGCACCCAAGGUUGUUCUCAUCUGAUACCUGAAUUCCACCACCAUCAUGUCUUUAUGUAUUGCUGAACCCUUCAAUUUCCUCUGUGACACAACUGCAGCAUGGGGCAUUGUGCUAGAAACCCUGGCUGCAGCUGGGAUUGUGUUUAGCAUCAUCCUUAUAUUAGCCCUCCUCAUUAUGAUGCCCCGCAUUAGUGAUCCUGCCAAGCGUGCUGUUUCUCCUGUCCAGCUCAUCUUCCUGAUCGGCACAUUUGGGAUAUUUGGCCUUACAUUUGCCUUUAUUGUUGAACUGACUGAACAAACCUGCCCAACAAGGUUCUUCCUCUUUGGAGUAUUGUUUGCCAUCUGCUUUUCCUGCCUAUUGGCCCAUGCGAGUAAGUUGGUGAGACUUGUUCGAGGUGGACAUGGAAUCUGUUGGUGGAUGAUGCUAUUAAUGGCGUUGUUUCUCCCACUGGUACAAGUUGUUAUAGCUAUUCUUUAUAUUGUGCUUGGUCUCGUGAGGAGCGGCACCCCUUGUACUGUCUUCAAUGGCGCUACUAAUUAUCAUCAGCUAAACCAAGAUUUUGUACUCAUCCUCAUCUAUGUAUUUCUGCUAAUGGCCAUCACCUUUCUUGUUUCACUCAUCAGUCUAUGUGGACCAUGUAAAUACUGGAAGAGACAUGGAGCACAUAUCUAUGUCACAAUGUUUUUCUCCAUUGGCAUUUGGGUGGCCUGGAUCUGUAUGUUACUUAGGGGAAAUGCAGAUCUAAAUCAGGGGAAUAGAACCUGGGAUGACCCAGUGUUAUCCAUUGCUUUAGUAGCCAAUGGUUGGGUUUUCCUCAUGAUGUAUAUGGUGCCAGAGCUUUGCCUGAUGACACGAUGCCAAUCAGACAGACAGAAUGACUGUGUCCAAACUCAACCCCACUUACUCAGACAAACCAUUGGAGUGGAUAAUCGAGUAUUCACCCAUGAGAAUACCAACCAAGGCCAAGAUUCAGGAAGAUGUUCCCCUGUUUCUUCACGGCAGGAUGCUACCAUUGCCAUGAGAGAUUUAGAACAGAAAAAGGAUUUCAGUAUACCUCGCCCACAGCCACGACAAAACCCAUAUAUGCAGUACCAAUCCCAUGAUGUUAACAGCAUGUAAGUGGAGGAAACAACAUGUGAGAUACAACAUAUCCAAGGACACCACUUCUGUCUCUCACAUCCCAUUGCACAGUAAGAAUCUGGAGUGGGCCCAACUUGCAUGUGCAACACAGAAUGUUUUUAUUAACUAUAUCGACCAUGGUACCGGUAGACCAGUUUAUAAUUCAUUUAGCUUUUACCCCUGGCACUGAAACAACUAAAGUCUACUAAUUGCUGUCCCAUAAUAUUGAUCUAUAAAACUGGUACGUUAGGUGAUCUGUAAAGCAACACAAUAUCAGUUAGGCCUUUAGGUGCCUAGUUUGUUAGAAAAAUCUAACCCAAUUAAAGGGAUUUUCAUAACAAGAGUUUAAAUUUUAAAUAUCGCAUUUGCUGCAUUAUUCCUUUGAAAUGUUUAUACAUAUAUAUGUUGCAUAUAUGCCACCUAGUGGUUGGUGUUACAGAAGUUGCUUUCAAGAUUGAGUGUGCAUCUUGAUAAACUGGUUUAGCAACCAUUGCGGAAGUUAUACUAGCAGUUUUAGUUCAUGCUGUGAGUCUGUCAUAUGAAAGGACAUUCGUUUGCAUAAACUUUGCAAAUUGUAUUUGUUUUAGGCCACACGCUUGCGAUAGAUUUCUGUGUAAUUUCAAGUUGGUGGAUACUUCUGGCUUGUCUUAGAAUAAAGAGCAGUAAAGUUCAGUUAACCAUGGCCAAAUCUAAUUUAGGCUAGAAAUUAUUACAAGUCUUUUUUUUGUUUUUGUUUUUUCUGUCACACAGAGAUGCCAUUUGUCAGUACAGGCACACAGCACAACUAAAUAUCUAACAUCUUUUUUGGGCAGAAGAGCUAACAUGCACAAACUAUCAAACCAUUAAUCUGGGCCAGAAUGAAGGUUUUCUUGUAUGAAGCUCUGUCCCCAUAUUCUGUAUAAAUACAUUUAUAGAGCUCAAGAGGGACAUAAUCGGAGGAAUUUGUAACAAGGACAAAUACUUGUAAUAUUUGUUUCUGUUGAAGCAAGUGAACCAUUGGCAGCUGAUAAUGUUACAUAAACAUUAGUUUAUACAUAAGAUUGUGCUUCUAUAUUUCCUGUGACCACAGAGAAUUGGCCUGUUCAUGGCUGGCUAUAAGUGGAAGAGGUAAGGUUGGUUUUAGCAAACCUAAUAAAACCGCAGUGCUAUUAUUAAGAGAUUUACAGGGUUAUCCAAGAAUUAAUUCUAUGUUCUAAAGGUAAAAAAAAAUAAUCACAUAAUUGGCUACAUCUUAUGCAGUUAUUGUUUCUUAGUUUAGUAAGGCCACACCAUAUGGAAAUUGUACUUUUUAUAUGUUUUUAUAUAUAAUAUGUAUAUGUAUAAUUUUAAUAUGUAAUAUGUAUGUAUAAAAUGCAUUUCCUUUAGAAAUAAAGCUGAUGGAUCCUGAAACAACGUGUUCUUACAAGUAUUCUGGUGAGAACAGGUUACAAAUAUGAGCAUGUCUAAUAACACAAUAAUUGCAAACAGAAUCUGGGACAUGUACUCGUGAAAUAGUCAUGGUAAUUGCCAGUCCUAUGAUAAUGACGUACUGAUACCAGAACUGGUAAAGUUACUGUGUCUAUGCAAAUAAAUGUAAGAGACACUAGAGAAUUUAUUGUAAUAUCCAUGAAUAUGCUAAUUAUUGCUAAAAGUUAUUGUCAUGCGGAGUGCUGCAUUCUUAGAUUUACUUCUUGUUUAAAGACAAAAUGAACAUAUGAAAGGGGUAGUUCACUAAAUUAACAUUUAAUGUGAUGUGAUGACAGUUGAAUUACCUUUUUGCUCAGCAGCUCUCUCAUUGAAAUUUCAGCAGCUUUCUGGUAGCUAUAGUCUUAUUUACGCUAGCAACGAGGCAGUGGUUUUUGAGGCUUUUUCCUGAAAAGCCAGGAUUUUUGCCCGAAAGGCCGAAAUAGUCGGAUUUUCAGGCUAAUACUAGCGCAGACCACAGAAACUUCCAAAUAAGAUAGGGACCUCUCCCAUUGACUUAUAUACAACUUCGGCAUGUCUGAGAUGCUGGCUUUUCGGAUUCUGACUUCUUCCAUCAUCGAGGUAUCAUAAAUCUCAAACAAUUCAGAUUUUAUAGUAAAUAAAAACUCAAAUUUCUUGAGUUUUUGGCAUUCAGACUUUAAUAAAUAACUCCCUAAAAGUGAAGCCUCACAGAGCAGUAGUUUUGGCUGCUGAUGGUCCCCAUUUGAAAGUUGGAAAAAGGUAGAAGAGAAAGAAAAAAUUCAAAAA